UAAUCGACAACAUCAUCAACAACAAAUUAAUCAUAAUCGUAAUCUCAACAAGGAAAACCAAAAUAUUGCUUCGUUGAAUCAACAAAAAACUCGUUUAUUGUCUUGUCAAAAAUUAUUCAAUAAUAUCUGCUGCAGUCCAUAUCAUAGAAUUAUUAAAGAUUAUUAUAUUGAGAAAAUAAAUAAUUUGAGAAAUAAUGAUUCGCAUAUAACCAAUCUCUUUCUAUUCAAUGAAAUGCUGAGAAGACAUGUUUUGGAUGAAGAUGAUAAAAAGUUAUUAUUGAUGAUUUUAACGUUGAAAAAAAAAUCUUUAUUAUUUCGAAUUAUCGAUACGUUAACUGCUCCAAUUCCACCAUCAAAAAAUUUCGACUUGGAAUUACUGGAAUCACGUGUUCGUGUUUUAAUAAAUUUAUUAGAAUCGAUAAUUUUCAAUAAAGAUUCAAUUACAUUAUUUGUGUCAUCAUCUUUCUCUACGAAAACAAAAACAAAAAAUUGUUUCAACACAAUUUUUUUACAAGUACAAAAGUUCAAAUCACAAUAUAAAGAUUUUUUAAAAGAAAUUUCUUGGGCUGAUGAAGUUAGCUUAUUUUCAACAGAUUCAUCUUCACCAACUGAAUCGUCUUCAAUUCACAUUUUCCCCGUUAAUUCUUUUUAUCAUAGCUAUAAUCGUAAUAAUUCUUACAGUUAUCACCACCACGACUCCCCCUUUCCUUCCUCUUCUUCUCCACCUUCUCCACCUUCUACCACCACUAAAUUUACUCGUGAAACUUUUUUAAAAUAUCAUUUAAAAUUUUUAUUUAGUUAUUUGAAUAAUAUAUUAAAAAUCUUUAAUAAUACUAAUGAUGAUUCCGAGUGUGAUUGUGAUGGCAAUGGCUUACAAUUUGUUCGAGUAAAUUUAGAAAUAGAAAAUUUUCUAAAGAAUUUAUUGAAAUCAAUAAAAAAACAUAAUAAUACUGUAGGAUUAAGGUUUUAUAUCAAAAGAUUGUCAUGUAUACCCGAAAAUAUCGGUAUACUUAGAUUUGGUGAAAGGUUAUGGCUAGAAUAUAUUUGGAUGUAUACUGAUUUUAAUCUUUGGACUUUCUCAUCAACGACUUCUAGAACAACAUCUAUGAUGAAUUAUUUUAGUUGUUCUUCCAGAAUAAACAAAAAGAAAAAGAAUUUAUUAUGGUUUGGUAUUUUGGAUUUAAUAGAUCAAGAAUUAAUAACAACUUUUAGUGAACGUAAAUCAACUUUAACAAUUAUUUAUUAUUAUCUUAAAGAAUCAUUAAAUAACACGAACGGUUUAUCAAUAAAGCUUAAAUCGUCAGAAAUCUUAUUGAAACUUUCUCUCAAGCGGUCCAAAUUAUUUAAAGAUUUGUGUAUUUUAGGUUGUAAACAUAAAAUCAGCAUUGAUACAUUUCAAAACAUCGAAAAAUUCUCAAGAUAUCGAUGUCCUCAGUGUCGUCACAUUAUUCAAGACGAAAAUUGCACUACAUCAACACCCUUUCCACCAAUCACAAAAAAAUCAAAGUCAAUGUGUUCUUCUUAUUAUACAAAUACUUAUCAAGAACCUUUGUUAGUCUUUGAUCCUCCAUUAGAAAAUACAACGAUAAUGGCGCCAUCUAUUUACACUAACAACUACAAUCCCAACUUCUAUAACAAUGCUGUUGCCACUGAUAACACCAUCGUAAAUCAUUUUGAUAAUCGAGAAACUAUUACUAGUAAUGAAACAGACGAAAGCCAGUUGAUUCAAGAUAUGUUUGACAAAGAUUUAAAAAGGGUUUGUUUAUUUUUCAAACUUCCAAAAAGAAAGCAUCCCGCACAAGAAAAUCUUUAUAAAUCUUUAAGUGCUCGCAAUUAUUCUGAAGCUCUGAAUUGGUGCACAAGAUUAUUAAAAUGUUAUCCAAACACCUAUUCAAUUAGAUGUAUUCGAGCUUUUAUAAAUUUAUUAUCACAUAAAAAUUAUUUUUCUGCUUUGUUAGAUAUUGAUAUUGCGAUAAAGCUUAAACCUAAACGUUCACAAGCAUUUUAUUUACGCGGGGAAAUUUAUCGAAGAUUAGGAACACUAAGAUCAUCAAAAGAUCGUCAUCUUAAUAAUAAUAAUUAUUUUAAUGAAUUAGCAUUGAUUAAUCAUGUCAAGGCUUUGGAAUAUUCAUUUGACGAUCCAAUUAUCCUAUCUAUCAAAGGUGCUUUGUUAUAUAUGAUGGGACGAUACACUGAAGCUAUAAGAGAUUUAAAUAGAUCAUUAGACAAUUAUCCUCAUAAUAUAUAUGCACUCGGUUAUCGAGGUGCAAUAUGUAAUAAAUUAGGUUUUAAUAAUAGAGCAAUUGUCGAUUUCAACGCCGCAUUAACAUUACUAAAAUCACACAAAAAUCGUCGUGAUGAUUUAUUCAUUCUGUGCGAGCGUGCAAAACUUUUUUAUACUAUAGGAAUUAACGAAGCAUCAAUUUUGGAUUGCGAAAAGGCCUUGAGAAUAAUUCCAAAUCUAAUCAACAUGAUCCUAAUACGUGUUGAAAGUUAA